GGCGGGAAGAUUUGAGCGCGCGAUGCAAGAUGGCGCGUUUGCGGGCCCAAACGAGGAGUUCUGAAAUAUCUUCGGGCCGAGGCUGUGAAAAUCUCGCAGUGCGCACCUACCGGCGCAGAGGAAGAGAGAGGGCGCGGGUAGCUCAAAGCCCGGGUUAAAACCGCGAGCAAUAGGAGACACGGAGAGAGAGAGAGAGAGAGACGAAAGAGAGCUCCGAGGGUCUGUUUGCGCGCGCCGGCACGUGACACGCCAGCCGCGCUAUAAAGGCUCUUGGCGCUCUCCGAAGCGGCUCAGUGCCUGUGAGAAGUUCUGGCGGGCGGGAGCGGCGCGGGAAGGGAGGUGGUCUUCUCCCCACCCCCUCUCCCUCCCGGUCCCCAUCCCAUGUCCUGCCCCCGAGGGACCCCCAACGCCCCCCACUUCGCACCUAGUUCUUUUCGCCUGAGGGGAAGGAACUGCGAGGGAGCGCCUCUUGCCCUCUGCCUUGCCCUGAGAGGCGGGGCUGUGGCGCCUCCUCCUGGGACUCCUCCUCCGCUCCGCCGCUAGGGGGUGGCCAAGCCAACGCGUCGGAGGCGGCAGCAGCAGCAGCAGCCGGCGAGAGCGGUGGUGGCGGCGACAGCAAUAGCACCGCCACCAUGACCCUGGGCUGCAGCGGGAGCAGCAGACCCUGUGGUUUGCUGGCGGCCACCUCGCCGGAGGAGGAGGAAGACGACGAGGCGCUCUCAGACGUGGAAGACGCCGACAUCGACGUGGUGGGGCCCCCGCAUGAGCAUGGCCAGACCAAGUUCAGCGAAGAGGAGGAGGAGGAAGAAGAAGAAGACGACGAGGACGAGCUGCGCCUCCUUCCCAAGCAGGCGGCCCGGGGGGGGCUGUCCCCAGCCCGCGGAGGCCCGGAGGCCGCGCUGGGAGACGGCCACCCUGCAACAGCUGCUCCCCCGGCGGUAGUGGUGGCGGCGGCCGCUGCUCCAGUUGCGCCUUCCUCCUCCUCCUCCCCCUCGUCGUCGUCGUCCUCUGGAGGCGCUUCGGGGGCCGGCAAGAACCCGCUGGUGAAGCCGCCCUACUCCUACAUCGCGCUCAUCACUAUGGCCAUCCUGCAAAGCCCCAAGAAGCGGCUGACGCUGAGCGAGAUCUGCGAGUUUAUCAGUGGCCGCUUCCCCUACUACCGGGAGAAGUUCCCCGCCUGGCAGAACUCCAUCCGCCACAACCUGUCGCUCAACGACUGCUUCGUCAAGAUCCCCCGCGAGCCGGGCAACCCAGGCAAAGGCAACUACUGGACUCUGGACCCGGAAUCCGCCGAUAUGUUCGACAACGGCUCCUUCCUGCGCCGGAGGAAGCGGUUCAAGAGGCAGCAGCAGCAGCUUCACCCUCAGCCCCCGGAGCUCCUCUUGCGCGCUGCCGCCGACCCGGCCGCUUUCCUCCCGGGCUUCGCUUACGGACCUUACGGCUACAAUUAUGGACUCCAGCUGCAGAGCUUCCACCACCACCAUCAUCACCACCACCACCCCACGGCUGGAGGCGGCGGGGCUGCGGCGGCGGCGGGGACCUUCCCCUUCCAGCCUCCGCCUUGUGCUCUGCCCGCGCCACCGGGCCCCGGAGUCUCGGCCGCCGCCCCGUCCGUUUUCUCCAGCGGCCUCUCGUCCUUCCUAGGUGGCGAUCUGAGUUGCAGGAAAGCCUUCUACCCCGCCGGGCAGCUCAGCCCCACCGCCUCCCUCCUGCAAAGUCUCAAGACGGACCAGGGGGCUGGCAACAGGCCUUCCUUUUCCAUAGACAACAUCAUAGGAGGAGGAGGAGGAGGCGGCGGCGCGGCCCCUCCGCCGUCCAGUAGUUCCACCAGCAGUGCCCCGGCUUCACCUUUCCCUGCGGGCCACGCCGGUGGCCAGGCGCAGGUCCUGGCUAUGCUCUCUCCAGCUCUGACGCCCUUACCGAACCAUUUGAAUCUAACCCAUGAAUCCCUCCUGCAGUCCGGACAGAACUUUUCCAGUAAACUCACAAACCUCAACAGUUGCCCUUUUUAAAACCCAACAACCAGCCACAAUGUCCCCCUUUCCACCGAAUCCGAUCCCAGCCAAGAGCCCUUGCCUCUCUAUCCCUUCCCCCUUCAUUCUCACAAUUGCCCUCCUGUUGUGUUUUAAAAGCCAACUGGACCCACAUUGAAUUGGAGACUGGAGCUGCUCGGCUGCGAAUCACAAGCCCUUUACUCUCGAGUAAUCCUAAUCAAGUCCAGGGGACGCCCAAACUGUGAGUGGAUUGUAUGUUGCUACCAGGAGCUGCAAUGCACCACCAUUUACCUGUGCGCCGGUCCCUUUGAACUCAGCCAGAUUAACUUUUGUGUGUUGACAUUAGGAUCGAGUUCCAACGAAAGUCUCUUCACAGACCAAGGAAGGCAAAUGGAGAUGGGGCUGGUUUAACCGGAAGCCAGUCCCACCGGAAGUAAAGGGAACUAACCAACUGCCAUCUUCCCGAGUCGUGAUUUUUUUCAGCCUCGUUCAUCACUAACUCUCAAUCCUUCCGUGACUUUACAUUUUUUGAAUGAGGAAAAAUGAGGGACAAGUAAGCAGUCCAGGGCUCCAAGGGACAGACGUCUUCUUUUACCCCAACUGUCCAAAUGCUCAUCGAGAAGCGAGUGUUCCCAGAGCACAGCUCUUGAUUACUCCCAGAGCAGAAAGCUUUUCGGAAAGUUGUGGCAGGAAAACAAAAUAAUAAUAAAUAAUAAUAUUAAUGUUAAAAUCGUAACUAUUCUAACACACAAGCAUCAGAACACACUUCAGACCAUAUAUGAAGCUUGAUCAGGGCGUACUUAAACCUUGUUUACAGACCCAGAAUGCGGUUAAGAGUAUUCAGGAUAAUUUGUCUUCCAGACAUUUGCUUCAGAAACAUUCCAGUUUGUGUCAAUGGUCUACUUAAGUGUAAGAAAGUCAAAUAUCAAAGUCUGAAGAUGAGAUUACCGCCGGGAUAGGGACUCUCUGGCCUUCCACAUGUUAUUGGACUUCAAUUCCCAUUAGCCCAACCAGCAUUGCCAAUGGUCAGGCAUGAUGGGAACUGAAGUCCAACAACAUCCGGAGGGCUAAAGUUCCCCCAGCGCUGAAUUAGCGCUAAACGUGUGUUUUGGAAAGUUAUUUCUUUGUUUCAAUGGUCCAUCACCAUGGACGCUGGUAACUCGGCAUUCAGAUAUUCAACGCAUUCGGCAUAGAUAAAUCCCAGGGAAAGCAACGUCGCCACUUCUGGUCUAUGCAGUUCGGAAAGGGAUGCCAGUCAACACAGCUGGGAUAUGGAUCUGUUCUUAUGGCUGGUUGUGAGUCUUAGGGCGGGAACAUUAUAGUUUGACAAUAAAUGCAUAAAUAAACCUCCCAGGGCUCAGUCCUGGAAC